UUUUCUUGUGUUUAUCCACAUUUCGUGCAUGUUUAGUCGACGCAAGGGAUCGAUCUGCUGCUGGCUGUUCCCAGUAGAUAGUACAAAUAUGGAAAAACUGAGAAAGUACUACACCACCGUGUAUGCCCAGUGUUUUUCCCCAUGUCAUAAAUACUUAGUAGCAGCGAAUAACUAUGGAGAAAUUGCUGUGUUCGCAGUUACUGAUUUUUUGAGUCACGAAGACAAUAUACUAGAUGACUGCAGGAGGGAACCAAUGUACAAAUUUCAGGCACACAAUAAUGCCAUCUACUCCAUGGUUAUGUCAGAGAACUUCGUGAUCAGUGGUGGAAGUGGAGAAAUUAUGGCUUGGGACUGGAGUACCAUCAAGAAGAAAUCUGCAAAGUUAGCCUGGUCACUCACCAUCCCACAGGGUGAAAACCUGCUGCAGCCAGAAAUCAAUGCACUCGUGCUUACAGGCAAAGAUUCAGAACCAAGAAUGCUGCUCGCCGGCUGUGGGGACAAUAAAAUUUACGCUUGGGACAUCGAAACAAGGACGCUGUUGCAUACGUUAACGGGACACACAGACUACAUCCACGGCAUUGCACUAGCAUCAAGCAGUACGGAACUCUACUCAGCGAGCGAGGACGGGUCUGUGAAGCAGUGGGAUCUUAGAAACACAACUAAAGAACAGAGCAGCAUUGAGCCAUAUAAGAACGAGGAACUGCAACGUCCACUCUAUGGCAAAUGGAUUGGCUGUGUGGCUCUUGACUCGAAUGAUGAUUGGCUGCUAUGUGGAGGUGGCCCUACACUCUGCAUCUGGCAUAUAAGCAGCUGCAGUCCUGUUACACCUCUGACAAGCAUGUCGCGUCCCGCCACCGUGGCUCUGUUUUACGAUGACAUGGUUCUGGGAGCUGGUAAUGAUCCAAGUGUAUGCCACUGGAGCUUCAGUGGCGACCUCAAAGCAAAGGUCGAGACGUCUGCAUCUAAUCUGUACAGUGUAGCCAUUAAUGACACUCCACCCUACAAGGCUCUGUGUGCAGCAGGAUCAAGUUACAAGAUUGAAGUAUGUACAAACUUUAUGUACAGGGAUUUUUCGCUGAUAUUUUAACAUCGUCAUUCUUCACCGAUGUAAAUAAAGCAUCUUUCAUCAGA